UUUAUUGAAUUUUUCAAGUUUUUGAGUGAUUUUUAAAUGAAAAAUUAAAUGUUUCUGAAUUAAAACGACAAAAAAUGAGAGAAAACUCUCAAUUCUUGUUACUGGCGGUCGUUUUUUCUUCUUUUUUGGCAUUUUCGGUAGCUUCUCCAGGCGAUCGAAGUCCAUACUACCAAAAUUGUGUCGAAAGAUGUUUUCUUGAGAACUGUACCGCAGAUCCCCUCGAUUGUGACUGCAAAUACGAGUGCAUGUGGCGUACUGUCGAUAAAUUCGUCGAACGUGGCUGGAAAAUCCCUCAAUUUCACGGAAAAUGGCCCUUUGUUCGUGUCCUCGGCAUGCAAGAACCGGCUUCCGUUAUCUUUUCCAUCUUCAAUUUGCUGAUGAAUGUCUACGGGAUUUGCAAAUUUCGUAAAGAAGUCUCGCCGCAAGCUCCUUACUGGCACAUGUGGCACUUUUCGGCGGCGAUUUGCAUCAACGGAUGGAUCUGGUCGACGGUUUUUCAUACAAAUGACACGCCAACAACGGAGCUGCUGGACUACGGAUGCGCUUAUAUGAUUGUAAUUUCCUCGUUUUAUUGCAUGGUUGCGAGAAUUGCGGCUUUGUACAAGAAAAAUGUGCUUUACCGCGUCUUGUUGGCGGGGAUUUUGGCGAUUUUUUAUGUGAAUCACUUUACGUUCUUGAUGUUCUCGCAAGAUUACGGGUACAAUAUGAAAGUUAAUAUUAUAACGGGCACCUCAGCGGGCGUUGGAUGGAUCGUUUGGUACUUUGGACAGCGACACGACAAGCCAUAUGCCUAUAAAAUCGCAAUUUUUGUCGUUUUGAAUGCUUUGUCGCUCGGAUGGGAGGUUUUUGACUUUCCUCCGUGGUGGAAGACGUUCGAUGCGCAUUCCCUGUGGCACUUUUGUACCGCACCUCUAGUCAUUUUGUACUAUAGCUUUAUCAUCGACGAUUGCAAGUACUUGCAUGAACGCGAAAAGACAAAGAAACAAUAAAUUAAAAAUAAAUUUUUCGGUCGUCAUAAUUUUUUUUUAAUUUUUGGUUCAAGAAAUUUUUUCUCAGAAAAAGGGGGCAAGAAUUUUUUUUUUUUAAUUUCAAAGAAGGCUGUCUUUGAAAAAUUUUUGACCAUUUUUUCUAUA